AUGGCAGACGAAGUGGUUUUAUUGGAUUUCUGGCCAAGCCCAUUUGGGAUGAGAGUGAGGAUCGCCUUGGCGGAGAAGGGCAUCGACUAUGAACCCAGGGAAGAAGAUUUGAGCAACAAGAGCCCUCUGCUUCUCAAGAUGAACCCGGUUCACAAGCAAAUCCCAGUCUUGAUCCACAAGGGAAGACCCGUAUGCGAAUCCCUCAUCAUUGUUCAAUACAUCGAUGAGGUUUGGAGUCACAAAGCUCCUCUGCUGCCUUCUGAUCCUUAUCAUAGAGCCCAUGACAGGUUCUGGGCUGACUAUGUUGACAAGAAGAUUUAUUCUACAGGAAAGUUGGUGUGGGGAACAAGAGGUGAAAUCCAAGAAGCAGCAAAGAAGGAACUGAUAGAGUGCUUCAGGCUGCUGGAAAAUGAGUUGGGAGACAAGACCUACUUUGGGGGUGAGACCUUUGGCAUAGUUGACGUGGCACUUAUCCCUUUCUAUAGCUGGUUCUAUGCGCUAGAGACCUGUGGAAACCUGUGCAUGGUGAAGGAGUGUCCAAGGCUUGUGGCUUGGGCUAAGAGGUGCAUGCAGAGGGAGAGUGUGUCCAAGUCUCUGCCUGAUCAGUACAAAAUGUAUGACUUCCUUUUGGAGCUUAGGAAAAAGUUUGAGAUUCAUAGCUAA